UUCUGGCCAGCAAAACCAGCUUUGAUGGAUGUUUAGACAGCACCGUUACACGUAUAACGAAGUCAAAAGAAACCAACCAAAACUGAGAUUUCAAAAGAAAAGAAACCGUCCAAACGAAAAGAGAACCGAGACCUACGUGAAACGUCCAGAAGAGUCUAGAGAAUAAACCAGAAGACACGCAUUAAAACUCUUACCAUCCCUUCGAUGUUUUGACGCAUCACUGUAUUUCCUCCUUCCAAUAUUUCUUCAGGCAUUUGAUUUGUCAAUUGGUACAUAAGAUUUCUGCAAGCCUGUGAGAUUCGAAACUGUGAUCUCUGAAUUACAAUGUCGGUGGAGCAAAGAAGCGGCGGUGUGGUGGCUCUGCUCGACAAUGGCGGAAGUGACUCCAAGAAAUCGUCAUCAUAUGCAAUGAAAGUGGGAAUGGCUCAAAUGCUCCGCGGCGGCGUAAUUGUGGAAGUCUCCAAUGUCGAACAGGCCCGAAUUGCAGAAGCAGCAGGAGCCAUAGCGGUGGUCGCGGCCGACGAAACCCCCAUGCGACCAAGGGCUGAGGCCGCCAUUGGCGUUAACAGAAUGACCGAUCCAGAUGUGGUCCGCGGGAUCAAGCAAUCUGUCAAUAUUCCUGUCAUAUCACGCGCUCGAAUCGGGCAUUUCGUUGAGGCGCAGAUCCUUGAGGCCGUAGACGUGGAUUUCAUCGAUGAGAGCGAGAUUUUGAGCCCUGCAGAUGACAAGAAUUUUAUCAACAAGCACAAUUUCCGGUGCCCUUUUGUGUGCGGGUGUAAAGACCUGGGCGGAGCUUUAAGGAGAGUUGCAGAAGGCGCUGCUUUGGUGAGGACGGAGGGGAAUCGAAACGGCGACAUCGUGGAGGCCGUUCGCAGUGUUCGUGCCGUUCUGGGCGAUGUGAGGCGCCUGCAGAUUAUUGAUGAGGAUGAGCUCUAUACCUUUGCCAAGCAUUUAUCGGCGCCAUUUGAACUGGUGAAGCUGACCAAGCAGCUGGGGCGUCUGCCGGUUUUGGUUUUCGGGGCCGGCGGGAUCGCCACUCCGGCCGACGCCGCCAUGAUGAUGCAGAUCGGCUGCGAUGGGAUUUUCAUCGAUUCCUCUGUUUUUGUGGAUUCCAAUCCGGCGUCUAGGGUUCGAGCGUUCGUGCAGGCUGUUAUGAACUACAACGAUUCGCAGAUUUUGGCCAAGGUGAAUUCCAGCAUGGCGGAUCUUGAUAUCAGCGAUACCGACCUGGUGCAGAGCAAUUGACUUUGGGGAUGGGGCUAAAUAAAAGAAGCAGAAGCAGAAGCAGAGCUGUCUGAGCAAUUUGUUAUUGACAGCGCAGGCACUUUGAGAUUUUGUGAAACAUCCACCUGUUUUCUGUUCUCUAAAUAAAUAGUUAAUAUUUUCAUUCAGUGUUUGUAUUACGUGAAAAUAAUUUAUAAAAAUCACUUUAUUGUA